UAAAAAAAUUAUUUUUAUUUUUUUUUUUGAAACGAAACCGUUAAGAGCUUUUGUAAAAGAUUUAGCAACAAUUUUUUAUCAUGCAUCACAAGGAAAUCAACUUCAAUCCAAAGAAAUUCUCUUAAAAUUUAAACAUACAUUCUUAAUUCGUAAUCCAGAAAAAUCGAUUAAAUCUUAUUAUAGAGCGGCGAACGCUACAUAUAAAGCUUGGGACGAAGCCGACGUAUCUGAAUCUAAAAGGCUUGACCUUUUUUCGGCCGAUUCUAUUGGAAUCAAAGAAUCAAGAGCUCUUUACGAUUUAAUUAAAAAUUUAACCGAGGAAGAAAUUGCCUUGGUAGAUGCUGAUGAUUUAGUUCGAGAACCAGAGAAAGUUUUAAGAAAAUAUUGUGAGAUGGUUGGAGUGGAAUUUAAGAAAGAGAUGCUCGCAUGGAAAGCUGAAAAAAUCAAACGUUGGGACGUAAAAAUGGCAGAUAUGUAUCAUGUACCAGAUUUAUAUAAUAUAUGGCACAGGAAUGCGUCGCAAAGUACUGGAUUUAAUUCAGUCAGUCAUGUCAGUCAUGAGAAGGAAAUCGAGUAUCCACGAUAUGUUUAUGACAUAAUAGCCGAAAACGUACCUCAUUAUGAGUAUUUACGUCAACAUAAAAUUAACGUUUAAUUCGAUUGUUUACAUGCGGUUUAAAUUUUUUAAGGAAUUACUGUGUAUUUUUUUGUGGUUUAAAACAUAAGAGUUUUAUAUUAAUAUACAUGAUAAUUUUAUAUUUUUUUUUUUAUUUUUAUAUGGUGAAGUUUUUCUUAAGAAAUUUUAGGUUUU